CGUGGGUCCCUGCAGCCCCGCUCUGCAGGGUCAGGGCUGGGUGAGUCUGUCUCCUCCCCAUUACUUGGGUUGUAUUUCUGUUUCCAAAGCUGAGAUCUACAACCUCCACCCAGAAGACAUUUACCUGGUUCAUGAUGACGUGGACAAGGCCCUGGGCAAGGUGGCGAUCAAGCUGGGUGGCAGUGCAAGGGGACACAAUGGAGUUCGAUCCUGCAUCAGUGCUUUGCGCUCCAACGAGAUGACCCGGCUCAGGAUCGGCAUCGGGCGGCCAGAGGGCGAAGUGACAGUGUCCAGCUAUGUCCUGGCUCCGUUCAGCGCUGGGGAGCGGGAGAGGCUGGAGCAGGUUCUGGCCCAGGCAGCGACCUGUCUGCUGGAGCACAUCCUGCAGAGGAGAGCACCUGCCGGGGAGCCGGGGGACAGGGGCUGA